AUGUCGGCUGUUGGACAAAGUGCUGCCACUGAUCGAUCUUUAAGAUCGGUUUUCGUUGGUAACAUUCCUUAUGAAGCAACAGAAGAACAAUUAAAAGAUAUCUUCUCAGAAGUUGGUCCCGUUGUCAGUUUUAGAUUGGUAUAUGACAGAGAGACUGGUAAACCUAAAGGAUAUGGAUUCUGUGAAUAUAAAGACCAAGAAACAGCACUCAGUGCUAUGAGAAAUCUGAGUGGUUAUGAAUUGAAUGGACGACAGCUUCGGGUUGAUAAUGCUGCCAGUGAAAAAAAUAAGGAGGAAUUAAAAAUUCUACAGGCAUCUGGUCCACCAGUGGAGUCUCCGUUUGGUGAACCAUGUUCCCCAGAUGAAGCUCCUACUGCCAUUAGCAAAGCAGUUGCAAGUCUACCACCAGAACAAAUGUAUGAACUUAUGAAACAGAUGAAGAUGGUGAUUCAGAAUAAUCCUGUUGAAGCUCGUAAUAUGUUACUACAAAAUCCGCAGUUAGCAUAUGCUUUAUUGCAAGCACAGGUUGUGAUGAGAAUUGUUAGUCCUGAAAUUGCUAUGGCUAUGUUACAUAAACCUCAAACUCAGGCACCACCUCUCGAAACAGGUGGGCCUGGCCCAGCCCCUGGUCAACCUAUCAUGCAAAAUCCUAACAUGGUAGGUCCGGGAUCUAACCAAGGAAUGCCUGUGAAUUCUAGUGCACCUAUGCAGCCACAAGGACCACAACCACUGAUGGCCAUACCUCAACCUGCUCCACAGCAACAACCACAAGGGCCUAUGAAUUCAGGUGGUGCCAUGCUUUCAGGCCAGUUAUUAGGUCCAGAUCCAAGAAUGAGUAUGACUGGCAGUCAGGGCCAACCUAUGGUAGGGGGUCAAGGGCAACCUAUGGUUGGGGGUCAAGGUCAACCUAUGGUUGGGGGUCAAGGUCAACCUAUGGGUGGAGGUCAGGGUCCAUCUAUGCCUGGACCACCCAUGGGGAUGCAGCAACAACAACAACCACGACAACCACCACCUGCACAGCUUAGAGGAGGUUUAUUAGGCGAUACACCAUUAGAUCCACGACCCCAACAAGAUCCAAGAGGUCGUCCUGAUCCGAGACAAGUGGAUCCACGAGGUGGUCCCGGCCCUAGAGGACCUGGUGGACCCCCACAAAGAGGACCUGUACCUGGGGGUCCUCGCAUGUCACAAGCGCCACCAGGAUUAAACAUACCAGGUUUCAGUCCCAGUGGUGGAGGCUCCCCAUCCCAAAAUAUUACAGCACAAGACCAAGAAAAAGCUGCUCUAAUUAUGCAAGUUUUACAGUUAACACCAGAGCAGGUUGCCAUGUUACCUCCAGACCAAAGACAGAGUAUUAUGAUUUUAAAAGAACAAAUAGCCAGAAGUACAGGACACCCUUAAAAAUAUAUUUUUUUCACAAUAUGUUAGACUCAAAAGCAUGUUUUCUGAAUCUCUAUCAUGUCUUUAGUGUAUUGUCAUUUUUUGUUUUUAUUUCUUCAUGUUUUGUUACUGUUGUUGGAACUGCCACAUUUUCAUUCAUAGUGCCCUCUGACAGUGUGAUGCAGAAAAUCUUUCUUUUUUAUUAGGACAACAAUUACCAAAUAUUAUCUACUAUAUAUUCUUUUUUAUUGGUCAGCCUUAAAGGCAAUCUGAUUAAGCAAAAUCUAUCUUAAAAUUUUGCUGGUUAACCAUUCACACAUAUCCGACCAACUCCAAAGCAUAAACAGGCGAUCAAAGAAUGUUCUACUUGUACUAGAAUAUACCAACAUCAAUAAUAUGUACAUACAGUGCAGCACUUGUUGUUUGAAAUGCACAUUCUGCAUGGAUUUUCAAAGUCGUAACAUUUGAAUAAGACUCCCUGUUGGAAUUUGUCACAUUUUGCAAAAACGAAAGAAUGAAUUAUUAUACUCAAAAGCUGUAAUAAUAUAACUCAGACAGUAUGCGGUCGCAUCAACCUCUGCUGCACGUUUGUCGAUACUUCUGCUGUACUGUCUUUGUGCAUACUUUGCAGUAUCCUCGUAAUAACCUUAUAAUACAUCUUUUCCUCCUAGGAAUACAUCAUGGGAUUGUCAAAAUCUAAAACAUUUAGAACAGAUUUAGCAAACUUCUUUGUGUGAGGUCUGGUCAAACUCUGCAGCCAUGUUUGUUAUUAUUAGAGGACACUUACGCAAGUAAUCGUUCCAUAUUUUUAUGAAAAUACCCAGUGCAAUACGGCAAAAUUACAGCACGCUGUAAUAUUAUAGCGAUACUGUGACAGAUGUAUAAUAAUAGAUUUUAUUAUAAUCUGAUUGCCAUUGAGGCAAACUUUGAAUACUGUAGAAUACUUUAUUUUCGCUUGGAAUUUAUUUUCGCUGAAGGGAUGAUUCCGUGAAAAUAAAAUCCAGCGAAUAUACUUUUUUUCCUAUAUUUCACAUUGAACUCAUGAAAAAUCAGUGAAAAUAAAUUUCAAGAAAAACGCCCAAAAAGCCUUUUCAGCGAAAAUUAAUUCCAGCGAAAAUAAAGUAUUCCACAGUAUUAGUGAUUGCUCAGUUGUCAAUUAACUGCCUUUUCAUAUCAUAUUAAUCCGACGACAAUAAAUAUACGUUAUUUUUUGUUAAAGACCUUGUAUUUUGAAAAACAUAAACUCCUAGAAAACGUCUAUGAAGUAACAGCAAAGAUUUUCAAGCUUGUU